CGGUUUUCAUCAGUGAAACGACCCUCUGUCAGUCAGUGAAACAGGUCUUCAUUGGGCGUAGUUACCCUGGAUAUGACUGUUCUUGACGUGUCUGGUGUCUGCCCGCUCUUUCUGUGACGUUGCAUCAGUACCCAACGUGUCCCAUGGAUCUCAUCCCCUUCAAGCACCGAGACACCCAACUGGCAAGAAUACGGAAGUUUCUAUGUCAUGAUCUAUUUGACGGAAUUUGUUUGACCUCCAGAGUAUAUCCACAAAAGGAGGCACUGUGUUGUAUUGCUCACGCGCAAGCUGAUGACACAGUAAUGUACGCCCAAGCCGUCAAUCUUCCCUAUGACGAGGUCAAGGUUGGCCAAGCGUUUGGACCUCUGUGGUCCAAGCACUGGUUUCGACUCCAAAUCAAGAUACAAGAGAGCUGGUCGGGACAGGAAGUAAGGCUAGUGUGGAAUUCUGGUUCCGAAUGUCAAAUAUGGGUUGAUGGGAAGCCAGUGCAAGGUUUGAGUUGCAUGAAGAAUAGAUAUUACUACACCAUCACGUCCUGUGCCGAUUCAGAAGCUCUUGAUCACCUCAUCUACAUCGAGAUGUCUGUCAACGGUAUCUACAACGAUUUUAACGAAGCACCUCCUGAUUUCCAAGCAACGUUGACAACAGCAGAAAUCCGAGUAUUUGACAGAAAUGUAUUCAACGUUAUGAUGGAUUUGCAAGUGUUGUACGAAAUGGCAAAGGAUCUCCCACGUGAUAGCUGUAUGUCGGAGUAUGCGCUGCAGGUUGCAAAUGACGUCAUCAAUGCGUGUGUGCUUGGAACUAAAGAGGCCUACAAAAUAGCACGGUCACGCGCACGUCACGCACUGGGCAUGACAAGCGGAAAGGGGAGUCAUCAGAUACACGCAGUGGGCUACGUUAAUGUGGAUACAGCAUGGUUGUGGCCGUACCGGAAGACUCCGAUGAAAAGCGUAAGCAGUUGGUCAACGGCAUUCAAUGUGAUGGAGAAAUAUCCCUUUAAAAUGGCCUUUACUCAGCCACAGCAAUUACAGUGGGUCAGCGAAAAGUACCCGGACUUUUACAUCAGGGUGAAACACUUCAUCAACACCGGCCAGCUUAUUCCAGUCGGCGCUACCUGGAUAGAAAUGGAUGCAAACAUGCCAAACGGAGAGUGCCUAUUGCGACAGUUCCUGUAUGGCCAAAAGUUCCUUGAAAACGAAUUUGGUACAAGGUGUACCGACCUGUGGCUACUCGACAGCUUCGGCUAUUCGGCUCAGCUGCCCCAGAUCAUGAAGCACUGUGACGUCACGAGAUUCGUCACCAUCAAACUCAGCUGGAACUCCGUCAACAAAUUCCCGCACAACACAUUCUGGUGGGAGGGGCUGGGAGGACACCGGGUGUUGACGCACUUUCCCCCAGGCACAAAUUACCACAAGGAAGUCACAGUGGAUGAGUUGCUGGAAGUGGAGAGGGAAUUUUCCGAAUCCCGGAGGUCAAAUUCAAGUCUCUUCCUGUUCGGACACGGGAAUGCUGGGAUUGGUCCAAGUGAAGAAAUGUUAGAAAAACUGCAAAGGAUGAAAAGUCUGAAUGGACUCCCAAGAAUCCAACUGAGUACCCCUGAGACUUUCUACGAGUCAGUGGAGAGGGACACUACAAGACUGUGUACCUGGGUCGGGGAACUAUACUUGGAGAGACACCAGGGCACUUAUACCUCUCAGGCUCAAGUGAAGAAACGUAACAGAAGAGCAGAGUUUCUCCUCCGAGAAAUGGACUUUUGGACGUCCAUAGCGACAGCCACAUCCACAAAUCAAGGAGACUAUCGUCAUCCCAGCAACGAGAUUCGCCGGAUAUGGAAACUUCUGAUGCUUAACCAGUUCCAUGACGUACUUCCGGGUACAUGUCACCCAGAGGUCUACAAGGAUUUCCACGCUCAUCAUGACGAAAUAGAGCGAGUCGCUGGGUCCCUCUGUCAGAUUGCUCUUACCUAUAUACUGAAGUGCUGUCAUUCAGUGAGACAGAAAGUGCUACACGACAACUCGGAACUCAAUAGCUCAGUACAGUCAGCGGAUGUACACAUCAACGGUGACGCUCCUCUCGGUGUAACAAAUGGUCUACUAAAGGGAGACAACGGCUCACUAGAAUUGUCCGAGACAGAGAAAACGACGGGUACGACCACUGACUGCGGAGAAAUAACCGUCGUUAAUUCCUUGUCAUGGCCCAGGACACAAGUAGUGAGGGUACCAGCAGAAUGUUCAUGGGGCAACAGUCUACAGACAGAUCACCAUGGCAACAACUUUGCGCUUGUACAAGCACCAAGUUGUGGACUAUGCAGCCUACAGUUGUGUGAGGUUACACGCCCUGCUACAGCAACCGUGGGGAAGGAUGGCCUCAUCCGCUUGAGUAACCGUCUCGUGUCCGCCACUGUAGACACGUAUGGCCGCCUUGUGGGUCUGCGGAAGACGGGGAGUGCAAAAAAUUUCCUGAACUCCGGUCUCCAUGGUAAUCAACUAGUGAUGUACGACGAUUUCCCUCUAUAUAGAGAUGCCUGGGACAGUCUGGAUUUCAACCUGCAAACACGACGGAUUGUUAUCGAUGUCGUGAAACCUGCCACGGUGGUGGAGAAUGGUCCAGUUCGAGCUGUCGUGAAGGUGUGCGUGCGGGUCAGUGAGAGCAGUCACGUGACACAGUCCAUCAUUCUGGACGCAGAGUGUCCCUACAUCAAAUUCAACACUCAGGUGAGCUGGCACGAGAGCCACAAGUUCCUGAAGGUCGAGUUCCCCACCAGCAUGACGUCAUCCCAGGCCACGUACGAGAUCCAGUUUGGCCAUCUACAGAGACCCACACACUACAACACUUCCUGGGACUCUGCCAAGUAUGAGGUCUGUGGACACAAAUGGGCUGACAUAUCUGAACACGGCCGCGGGGUGGCGCUCCUCAAUGACAGCAAAUAUGGCUACUCGUGUGUCGGCGGAACUCUCCGGCUUUCGCUUUUGAGAUCACCCACAGCCCCCGACACCAGCUGUGACAUCGGAGACCACGAGUUUACAUAUGCAGUCAUGCCUUAUACAGGUACAUUUCAAGCUGCCGGGGUCAUUCAAGAAGCAUACAACCUGAACUCUCCUCUAAACCUGCGUCCUAGCCCCGCUUUCAAUCUCCCAACACAUGGCGUCAGCUUCUUCCGGUUGGAUACAAAUCAGGUUGUCCUGGAAACUGUGAAAGUUUCCGAGGAGGAUCCACGAAGUCUUAUUCUGAGAUUGUAUGAAUCGUUCGGUGGAAGUGUGGCAGCCACGCUGAGUACCUUACUCCCUGUUUUGAGUGUUUCAAGAUGUAACGGGCUGGAGGAGAUACUGGACGAUGAUGAAGAUGUUGACUUCAUCCCUGGUCACCCUGCCACAAUACGGAUGUCUCUGGGUCCAUUUCAGAUACUGUCCCUGAUAGCUCGCUUCUAGUGAGCCAGAUACGAAAAGAACCGACUAACGCUCUUGUAGAUGUCCCAUUUGGGCCAGUCAGGGUCCGUGGAACCCCUCAGUAACCAUAGAGCCGGUUGAUAUGGUUGGUUGGUUUGUUGUUUAACGCCGCACUCAGCAAUAUUCCAGCUAUAUGACGGCGGUCUGUAAAUAAUCGAGUCUGGACAAGACAAUCCAGUGAUUGCUAUCAUGAGCAUCG